AUGUCGGCACCAGAACACCUCGGGAUGGAGCCCGCCAUCAGUAUGGACGAUUACACCGUCGGAUGGGUGUGCGCGCUUCCCCUCGAAAUGGCCGCUGCGAGAGCCAUGCUCGACGAGCUUCAUCCGAAUCCUUCUUUACAGGACCCGGCCGACCACAACUGCUAUACGCUAGGCCAGAUGCGAGGCCACAACGUGGCAAUCGCGUGUCUGCCCGCAGGCGUGUUUGGAACUACAUCCGCUGCUACCGUCGCCAAAGAUAUGCUACGGACCUUUCGAUAUAUACGCUUCGGGUUGAUGGUUGGCGUCGGCGGUGGCGUGCCGUCCGAAGAAGACGACAUCCGCUUGGGCGACGUGAUCGUCAGCAAGCCCACCGGCACUAGUGGAGGCGUUAUUCAGUACGACCUGGGCAAGGCUGUGCAGGGAGGCGGCUUCGAACGCGUGGGCACACUCAACACGCCGCCUCAAGUCCUCUUGAACGCGCUGGGCAGUCUCGAAGCCAAGCACAUAUGCGGAGACAGCCACAUACCUCAGUUCCUCUCUGACUUCGUGCGUCGAUACCCCAAGAUGAGAAGCAGCUUCGGUCAUCAAGGCGCCGCCCAUGACGUUCUCUUCAGUGCGGAAUACGACCAUGUCGGAUCCGAACCCACGUGCGAACAGUGCGAUGACAGGCAGACUGUCCAGCGUGCUAGCAGGGACGACGCAGAUCCAGUCGUCCACUACGGGAUUAUAGGUUCUGGCAAUUCAGUUAUCAAGGACGGGCGAACGCGUGACCGACUACGCCGCGAGCAUAGAGUCCUCUGUUUCGAGAUGGAAGCAGCGGGUCUCAUGCAGGAAUUCCCAUGCCUUGUUAUCCGCGGCGUUUGCGACUAUGCCGACUCGCACAAGAACAAGAAAUGGCAGGGAUAUGCAGCCGCAACGGCGGGGGCUUUUGCGAAAGAGCUUCUCUCUGUCAUUUCGCCCGCCAAUGUUCUCAAACAGGAGCCUGUCCCGCCCGUGGUCUCUGAUCUCAUUCCCGUUUCAACAUCUAUCGUCUUGUAUACCAUGUUCCCCCUGCAGGAGGCUAAAUGCCACCAGUCCUUCAAGACCUCUCAAUACGAAAAGUUCAAGAACAUCAACCCUAAUCGGGUCGAAGGGACAUGCAAGUGGGUUCUGGAGCAUCCUCACUUUCAGCAGUGGCUGGAGAGCCCUAGAGACGACCUGCUUUGGAUUUCAGCCGACCCUGGUUGCGUGUGCUAUUUCUUCUUUAAGGACAAUGAGGAACAGGACAGAGUGGCGACUGCACUAUGCGCCCUUCUCCACCAGCUUUUUGGGAGCCAACCACACCUUCUGCGCCAUGCUCGGGCUGCUUACAAGAAGAAUGGAGACAAGCUGCAGAGUGAGGUUGCAGAGUUGUGGCGCAUUCUCAUAGACGCUUCCAAAGACGACGAGGCGAAGACAGCCGCCUCUAAAGACAAUGGGUCGCAGACCAUCAUCUGCGUCCUCGACGCGCUCGACGAAUGUAUCAGCAGAGAUCGUAAGAUGCUGAUAGAGCGGCUAACGGACUUCUACAUGCAUCGCACGUCAAUGUCAACCAGGAACAUCACGCUCAAGUUUCUCGUAACUAGCCGCCCAUACCAAGAUAUUGCGUCCGGCUUCAGCCGUAUACCUCCUGAACUUCCAUCGAUCCGGCUGGCCGGUGAGGAAAGCAACGCGGAAAUCAGCAGGGAGAUCAAUCUGGUUAUUUGUGCUGCUGUCGAACAGGUUGGCCGAGAAAAUCAGCUCAAUGAGCACAAGCGGGAUAUCUUGCGUCGAAGACUUCUGGAGACCCCGAACAGAACAUAUCUCUGGUUGUAUCUCAUGCUCGAAGAGCUCCCUAACCUAGACAAAAGCACGAGCAUGGCGUUCCAGAGCGAUAUCAACUCCCUCCCGCAAUCAGUCGAACAAGCAUAUGAACGGAUACUAAGCAGGCAUAGAGGCCAACGGCACAAGGUCGAGGCACUCCUUCACAUUAUUGUCGGUGCUCGCCGGCCUCUCAACGUGGUGGAGGUACUCGUGGCAUACCAAAUGGCAACAGUGGAGCCAAGUCCCAUCAAACAUAGCAAGCUCGAACUUGAUUCUGCGGGUUUCAAAACGCAUGUUCGGGAUCUGUGCGGCCUAUUCGUCUUCGUCAAUGACGAUCGCAUCUUCAUGAUACACCAAACGGCCAAGGAAUUUCUCCUGGCCAGGGAUGGCUUUCCAGAUCCGCCGGAUGGGUUUUGGAGACAUUCUCUACAUGCACAGAGCUCGGAGGCAGUGAUGGCGCGACUCUGCGUGCAAUACCUGUUGUUCGAAGAUAUCCGGAACAGCUGGGUUCCAACCAACACUGCCAGAAACGAGGAGCAGGUCGAUAAGAACGGGGAGAAUUCCCUCUUCACAUAUUCAUCGGCGUACCGGCCAGCUCGCGUUCUCGAUGCGAAAGUUUCUGAAGGCGGGAUGGACCAUCAUAUUGAUGAGCGGUAUAAUAUAGGGAGAAGAAGUUCCGAAACGGGGACAUCACAACCUGUCAUCCAAGACAACUGGGUUCCCACCAGUACUGCCGGAAGCGAGAAGCACGUCGACGACGACAGGGAAUAUCCCCUGUUCACGUAUUCGGCGACGCACUGGCCGUCUCACUUUCUCUCUUCUAAAGCUCUUCAAGGCGAGAUGGACCAUCAAAUCGACAAGUUGUACGAUAUGCGGAGCAAGCGUUACGAAAAAUGGACAUCUGUAUUUUGGCGGGCCAAUCACCCGUACCGAAGUCAACGUGGCAUCCGAGACGUGCAUUUGGCAGCGUUGAACGGCCACGACGGGGCUCUCCGGCGAAUACUGGACUCGAAUGAAACAAGUCUGGACGUGAAGGACAGCGAUGGUCUGACCCCACUGACAUGGGCUUCUCUUAAUGGUCACGAAGUCGUCGUUCAGACGCUACUCGACAGGCGUGCGGACAUCAAUAGCAUAUGCGACAGUGUUGGCACUGCCCUCCAAGCCGCCUCCCAAAGGGGUCAUAAAGAGAUCGUUUGGCUGUUGCUUAAUAAGGGGGCAAAUGCCAACACGCAAAGCGAAAACACUCCCAGCGCGAUCCAUGAAGCAUCGCGGCGAGGGUUCAUCGACAUUGUGGCAAUGCUUCUUGGAAAGGGUGCGUAUGUCAACACACAUUGCGGUAGUAUCCGCUCACAUGUCAACGAUGGCUUCUCGUCCGGCAUGACGAUCUCUUGCAGUUUUCCAGACGGACAACGUACACCCGAAAAGGGCCCAUAUGACAGUAUGCGGCGUCAACUCAAGAGUGCGACACAAGUCAAUCAACUGAACGGAAACUUGAGCACACCUCUCUUCGCGGCCGUAUGUGGGGGCUACAGCACAAUUGCCGAGAUGCUCCUGAGCAAUGGGGCGGAAACUAGCACACGGGACGGCAGUGCCCUCCUUAUGGCUAUCCCUCGAGGCUCUGACGAUAUUGUUCAGACCCUUCUUGAGAGGGGGGUAGAUAUCAAUAUGCCGGACGAAAAUGGCAAUCCCCUUUGGACAGCCGUGUCUCAAGGCCACAUCAAGAUCGUGCGCAUGCUUCUCGAAAAGGGGGCGGACAUAAAUAUGCGAGUCGGAAAUGACAGCAAUACCCUUCUGGGGGCUAUUGCUCGAGGUCGUUAUGACAUUGUCCAGAUCCUCCUCCAGGGGGGUGCAGAUUUCAGGAGAGAGCACACUGUCAGGAGCCGUUUCUAUGUUGGAAACGCAACCAUAUACGGCGAUGCUCUUCUUAUCGCAUCUUUCACGGGCCAGGACAAAAUAGUUCAGUUGCUUCUCGAUGAAGGAGCAAACGCCAACGGACAAGGGGGCCAAUAUGGUACCGCACUCCAGGCUGCGUCUCAUGAAGGCCAUCUUGGAGUUAUACAUAUAUUGCUCAAUGCGGGCGCCGACAUCGAUGUGGCUGGCGGUUCAUUUGGUAACGCCCUGCAAAUUGCUUGUCGUGAGGGUCAUUUUGAUACUGCACAAACCCUGGUUGAUAAGGGUGCUAAUAUCAAUGCUCAGUGUGGCGUGGAUGGCAACGCGCUUCAGGCAGCGUCACUUCGGGGCCAUCACACCAUCGUCCAAAUGCUCCUAGAGCAAGGUGCGGAAGUCAAUACAGAGCAGUGUGGUCUCUACAGCAACCCUCUACAGGCUGCUGUUUGCAAAAGCCAUGAGCGGAUUGUCGAGAUGCUGCUGGAUAGGAAAGCCGACGUUAAUGCGAAAUGCCGCAGCGUGGAACAGUAUCAUCAGGCUGCAUCCUUCAUCUUCACCGAACCUACAUGUGGCUCGGGCCGCAAAACUGCACUGUUGGGACGACGCGACAGACGUGACGAUAUCACCUCGAUCCGCCCCCGUAGAACAAUGACACCCGACAGAUUUCUCUUAAUUAAACUAAACAGCAAAUACCUUUCCACAGGGUCGCCAACGGCGGAUAGCAACCGUUACAACAACGCACUUGAGGCUGCGUGCCAACGAGGCAAUGUCGAAGUCGUUCAGAUGCUACUCAAUAAUGGUGCCAACAUCAAAACUCAAAACGACAAUGGAGAACUUGCUCUUCAAUUAGCUAUUCUGAGUCAAAAUGAGGCGAUUGUUGAGAUGAUCCUCGACAGGGUUGCAGAUGUCAACGCUUUAAGCAGUGACAGCAGUGCUCUCCAUUUAGCCUCAGAGCGAGGUUAUACGGGGAUCGUUAAGAUCCUCCUCACUAGGGGCGCAAACGUCAACGCCAAAGUCAACGGCGGUCGCUUUGGCACAGCCCUUGAAGCUGCAUCGAAUCAAAGGCAUGAGGAGACUGUACGGAUUCUUCUUGAUUACGGCGCAAAUAUCAACGCAAGCGGCCACUUCCGAAAUUGUCUCGAGGCUGCGUGGUUUGGUGGCAAUGAAACCAUCAUCCAACUGCUUCUUGAAGAGGGUGCCGACAUUAGCACACUAUUUGGUGAACGUUUUGGUAGUUUGCUUUCAUCAGUAUGCUUUAGGGGCGAUGAAGUAGGUCUCCGCAUGCUCCUGGAUAAGUGCCCAGAUUUCGAUAUUGAAGGUGGCGAGAAUGGUGGCCAGGCUCUUCAAGCUGCAUCUGCUCAAGGCCAUGAAGGCAUGGUCCAGAUGCUUCUCAACAAAGGUGCAUAUGUCAAUGGACGAAGAAGAACCCUUGAUACAUUUCUCAGCGCUCUUUAUUCCGCCUCAGAGAAAGGACAUAGCCUAAUUGUAGGAAUGCUCCUCAACAAGGGCGCGGACCCAAACAUAAAAGGCGGCCUACAUGGCAACGCUCUACAGGCAGCCGUCCACUAUGGCAAUAGCGAAAUUGUUCAACUGCUCCUCAAUAAGGGCGCAGACGUCAACGCGCGACACAGAAAGGGGGCAACCAACGCGCUUGAAGAAGCAGUCUCUCACAACAAACAAGAUAUAGUCCAGAUGCUCCUUGACAAUGGGGCAGACGUUAAUGCAGUAGGCGGGGAGAAGGGUACUGCUCUUCUUAUUGCAUGCCUCCGUGGCAACGAAACGACUGUCCGGAUGCUUCUCAACAAAGACGCAAAUGUCAAUUUGCAAGACCAUGCGCCUAGCGAGACUAUCACAGCGGCAGUUCAAGCCAAACUCAGAAACGGCUGCAAGAACCCCCUACAGGUAGCAGUCUCAAGGGGCGAGAAGCAAAUUGUCCAAAUGCUCUUAAGCAAAGGGGCAGAUGUGAAUAUCCAAAGCAGUGAGGAUAAAAAUGCUCUUCAAUUGGCUAUUUCUAAUGGUCAUGAUGAGAUUGCCGAAUUGCUUCUGAGUCAUGGGGCUGAUAUCAACGCCCAAGAUAGUGAGGGCAGCAACGUGCUCCAGCUGGCUAUUCUAAGGGACAACAACAGGAUUAUCGAUAUACUACUUAGAAGAGGGGUGAAUGUCAACUUGUCAAGCAAUGAGGGCAGCAGUGCUCUUUAUCUUGCAUCUCUGCGAGGUAACGAAACAGUAUCCAGGAAACUCGUGGAUAAGGGUGCUGAUAUGGCCACCCGAUCUGAAAGACAUCAUAAUGCUGUUUGGGCUGCUUCCUCCCGAGGCUAUGACAGAAUCGUCUACAUGCUUUUGGAUAAGAUCACAGACGUUGAGGGAAACGACAAUCUUCUGCUAGAUGCAGUCUACACGGCGUCGGAAAGAGGCUUUAGUACCAUCGUCCGUAUGCUCCUUCACCAGGGGGCCAGUCCUGAUGCCGCGGGGGGUGAGGAGAGUAAUGCUCUACAGGCUGCCUCCCUCAAUGGUCACACCGAAGCAGUUCAGAUGCUUCUGAGAGCGGGCGCGGAUGCCAAUGCACGAUGCGGCUACUACGGCGACGCCCUUCAAGCCGCUUCUCACGGCGGCCACGAUGCGACAGUUCGGGUGCUUCUGGAGGCUGGCGCGGUUGUGAAUAUGACGCACGGUCAUUUCGGCGGCGCUCUCACGGCCGCGUCCCACGGUGGCCACGACAUGACGGUCCAGACACUCCUUCACGCCGGCGCAGAUGUAAACGUGCGGCAUGGCACCUUCGGCGGCGCCCUGGCGGCUGCGUCACUCAAGGGCCAUGAUACGACGGUUCGCUUACUCCUUGAUUCGGGCGCGGAUUUGAGCGGCCUCUUCGGCAAUGCCCUGCGAGCAGCGUGCUACAAUGGCCACGAUAGAACGGUCCGGAUACUGCUAGAGGAGGCCAGCACGGAAACUGGCGUACACUACGACCUUGGCAAUGCUCUUCGGGCCGCCGUAUUGAGAGGCCAUACGAAAGUUAUGAAGACGCUUUUUCAAAAGGGUGCGGAUUUCAGGAUGGAAACCGAACCCUUAGAUGGCGUUCUCGGACGCGCAGCCUCUUUAGGCGACAGUCAAAUCGUCAAAAUGAUCCUCAGCGCGACGAAUUUCAGCGCACGGAAUGAGGCUAUUGCAAGCGCCCUUCAUGCGUCAUCCCGUGAGGGCCACGUUCAUGUUAUCAGAAUACUCUUGGCUGAAGGCAUUGAUGUCAACGUACAACUUCAAGACCAGGGCAGUGCCCUUUAUGCUGCAUCAGAGGAAGGGCAUACUGCAACCGUCGAGAUGGUUCUCCAAAGGGGCGCAGAUGUUCAUGUAAACGGUGGACACUUUGGAAAUGCUCUUCAGGCGGCAUCCUCCAGAGGGCAUGAAAGAAUCGUGAAAUUACUGCUAGACCGUGGUGCUAAUAUCAAUGCACCAGGGGGGUACUAUGGUAGCGCUCUUCAGGCAGCAUUGUUGGAUGGACACGACAGCAUCUUCCAGAUGCUGCUCGACAAGUGCGCUGAAGAAAAGGUCUUAAAGCGCUCGGCUUCCAGCGAUCUUGGGCUGACCCAUACUUCUAAGAUGAUGAAGAUGGAUACGCGGGCCUAG